CAUCAGUGGUACAGCUGUAGCCCUGAUGCUGGCUUUUCCCAGAUGAGCUCACCAGGUUUGCCAAGGUAUCACCUGCAGCUCCUCAUGGCACAGCCACCAUGCUUCAAGGCUGAAACCCUGGGAGGGCCUUGAGGAGCGGGAGAUGGCUAAGCCAGCAGAAUGAGGCCCUGGGGAAACAAAGGACAUGGGCCGACCAAACCAGCAGGGUAAGACAGCAGGAGGGCACAGGAGAAGGGCGUGUGUGAGGGCCGCGGGGGCAGCGCCGGCCGGGGUAGCGCGAGCGGAGAGAUCACACCAGCGGUCCAGAGCGCACCCUGAAGCCGCCCUCUCGGCGGCCCUCGGAGCAUUGUCGGCCACCAGCGUCCUUCCUGCUUCUGGGGGCCGCUGCGGGGAGGAUUUGCCGCAGAUGACAUCAGCUGUGGAUGCUGGAAAAGUGGCUGUGCGGGGAUGCGCCGGCUUCCCCUCCUCCUCCUUUUCUUCUUUUUCCUGCUGCUGCUGCUGCUCCUCCUCCUGGUGCUCCUCCUCCUCGCCAGGCCCCUGCCCUGCACCGUCUCCGUAUAAAAGGGAUGCCGCCUCCUCACCCCCCGCCUCUAGCGGACCCACCAUCGAGCUGCCCUUCUUCCCUCCCCAGCGCCCCGGAGCCGCGGGGAGGAGCAGGGCGCCCGCCAUGGCCACCGUGGUGGUGGUGGAAGUGGACUCGGAACCAUCCUGUAGCAUCCUCAACCCUACUUCCCUCUCGCAUCGCUUCCUGGACAGCAAAUUUUACCUGCUGGUGGUCAUCGGCGAGCUGGUGACCGAGGAGCGCCUGCGGCGGGCUAUCGCCAACAUCGAGCGAGGAAUCCGAUCAUGGGACACAAACUUGACUGAAUGCAACUUGGAUCAAGAACUGAAACUUUUUGUGUCUCGCCAUUCAGCUCGAUUCUCUCCUGAAAUUCGAGGUCAGAAGAUUCUUCACCACAGAAGUGAUGUCUUAGAAACUGUAGUCCUAAUCAAUCCCUCAGAUGAAGCAGUUAGUACUGAGGUGCGCUUAAUGAUAACAGAUGCCGCAAGACACAAGCUCCUUAUACUAACUGGACAGUGCUUUGAAAACACAGGAGAACUCAUUCUUCAGUCAGGAACCUUUUCAUUCCAGAACUUCAUUGAGAUCUUCACGGAUCAAGAGAUUGGUGAAUUAUUGAGCACCACACACCCUGCCAACAAAGCCAGCUUAACUCUUUUCUGCCCUGAGGAGGGAGAUUGGAAAAAUUCCAACCUUGACAGACACAACCUUCAAGAAUUUAUUAACAUUAAACUCAACUCAGCUUCCAUGCUGCCUGAAAUGGAAGGACUCUCUGAAUUCACAGAGUAUCUGUCAGAAUCAGUAGAAGUGCCAUCACCCUUUGACAUUUUGGAACCUCCAACUUCAAGCGGCUUCCUGAAACUCUCCAAACCCUGCUGUUAUAUUUUCCCAGGUGGAAGAGGAGACUCUGCGUUGUUUGCAGUGAAUGGAUUCAACAUGCUUAUCAAUGGAGGAUCUGAAAGAAAUUCUUGCUUUUGGAAACUUAUCCGGCACUUGGACAGGGUAGAUUCCAUUCUACUCACUCACAUCGGAGAUGAUAACCUGCCAGGAAUAAAUAGCAUGCUUCAGCGAAAGAUAGCUGAAUUAGAAGAGGAACAGUCCCAAGGAUCUACUACCAACAGUGACUGGAUGAAAAAUCUGAUCUCACCCGAUUUAGGAGUUGUAUUCCUUAAUGUACCUGAGAACCUGAAGAACAUGGAUCCUAACUUUAGAGUUAAAAGGAGCAUAGAAGAAGCUUGUUUUACUCUCCAAUAUUUAAAUAAAUUGUCUAUGAAACCAGAACCUCUUUUCAGAAAUGUAGGAAAUACCAUUGACCCCAUCAUUUUAUUUCAGAAAAUGGGAGUUGGCAAACUUGAGAUGUAUGUGCUUAAUCCUGUCAAAAAUAGCAAAGAGAUGCAAUAUUUUAUGCAACAGUGGAGUGGUACUAACAAAGAUAAAGCUGAAUUCCUGCUACCCAAUGGCCAAGAACUAGACAUUCCAUUAUCCUAUUUCACCUCUGUCUCAUCCCUGAUUGUGUGGCAUCCAGCGAAUCCCGCAGAAAAAAUAAUACGAGUUCUGUUUCCUGGAAACAGCACCCAAUAUAACAUUCUAGAAGGACUAGAAAAACUCAAACACUUAGACUUCCUUAAACAACCAAUGGUUACACAAAAAGAUCUAACUGGCAACACUGCUAGUCCAGCUGUGAAACAAACAAAGUUGAAACAACGAACAGACAGCAAGGAGAGUCUGAAGCCUGCUGCAAAGACAUCAAGCAAGCCUGUUAGAACAGAACCUAAAGAAGAAACACCAGAGCCGGCAAAGCCUAGUCCAGGACCAGAAAAGCUUCAUAAAUUGGAAAGCAAAGAAAAAGUUCCAGUUAAAAAAGAGAAAACAGCAAAAGUGGAGACCAAACCUAUAGUGGCAGAAAAAGAUGUAACAAAUAAAGAAGAACAAUUAGUAAAAUCUGAAACUCCUGAAAAACAAUCUACAGAUGUAAAACCAAAAGUGGCAAAGGAGAAGCCAGUGAAAAAGGAAGUCAAAACAAAACCUGAAGAAAAGAAAGAGGUUUUUAAAAAAGAGGAGAAAACACCCAUCAAAAAAGAGGAGAAACCCAAAAAAGAAGAGAUCAAGCAAGAAGUUAAAAAAGAGGUGAAAAAGGAAGAGAAGAAGGAAACUAAGAAGGAAGUAAAGAAAGACUCUCCACCAAAGGAAGUAAAGAAAGAAGGUAAAAAAGAAGAGAAGAAGGAAAUUAAGAAGGAAGAAAAAGGAGCCAAAAAGGACAUCAGAAAGGUUCCUAAAGAAACAAAGAAGACAGCUGCUCCUUCAACUGAAGUAAAAAAGCCAGCAGCAAAGCCCAAAUCACAAAAGAAGGAGGAACCUGUUAAAAAAGAAGCAGUACCUGCUGGAAAACCAAAGGAAAAAGGAAAAGUUAAGACUGUGAAGAAGGAGAUCAAAGUUAGUGGAGUGCAAGCUGCCCUUGCAGCAGUUGGAGCCACUGCCACAACUCUAGCAGCUGCAGAAAUUACAGCUAGUGGAAAAGAACUUGAAGCGGAGCGAUCCCUUAUGUCUUCACCAGAGGAUUUAACAAAGGAUUUUGAGGAAUUAAAAGCUGAAGAAGUAGAAACAAUAAAAGAAACAAAACCUCAAGCUGCACUUAUAGAGGAUGAACUGAAACUCACUGGCACAGAACAAAAAGAGGCCUUUGAAGUCCAAAAAGAAAAAUUAGAUAAUGAAGGACCUGCUGAGUCCUCUGAUGAAGGUAUAACUACCACAGAGGCUGAGGGAGAGUGUGAACAAACACCAGAAGAAUUGGAACCUGUGGAAAAGCACAGGGUUGAUGACAACGAAAAGUUUGAAGAUGAGGGAACUGGCUUGGAAGAAUCAUAUGAAGCAGGAGAUUAUGAGGAAAAGGCAGAAACAGAAGAAGCUGAAGAACCAGGUGAAGAUGAGGAAGUAAAGACACCACUAGACACCACAAAACCAUAUAUGGAGGAAGCAAGAAAAAUGGAAGAGAGUUCAGAAGAAAUAAUGGCUGAAGUAGAUGCUAACAUUAAAGCUGAAAAAUAUAUUGAAAAGGCAGAUGAUGUGGCAUCAGAUGAACAGGCUAAGGAAGACAGGGAAGAAGCAGUAGAAAAGGUAAAAACUGAAGAGACUGAAGAGGAGGAAGACAAAACAGAAGACAGAGAUGAAGAGGAGACUGAAAAAUUAGAAGCUGAAGAAGAUUAUGUGAUGGCUGUGGUAGACAAAGCUGCAGAAGCUGGUAAAGUUGAAGAUAAAUAUGGCCUACUCAUAAUUACACCAACAAAAAACUCAGAGCCUCAGUGUCCAGCAGUUGAACUGGCCUCUUCUAUCCAUAAGGAAACAUUACCUGGUGGUUCAGAAAGUGAAGCCACUGUUUCUGAUGAAGAUACAGAAGAUCAACCUGAGGAAUUCACUGUUACUUCAGGUUAUACACAUUCUACCAUUGAAAUAUCCAGUGAACCAACUCCAAUGGAUGAAAUGUCUACGCCCCGAGAUGUCAUGAGUGAUGAAACUAACAAUGGGGAAAGUGAGUCACCUUCUCAAGAGUAUAUGAACAUUACCAAGUAUGAGACAUCACUGUACUCUCAAGAAUUUGCUAGACCUAAAAUUUCUCCACUUUCAGAUGCUUUUAAUGGAUUAUCAGAAGGAUCCAAAACAGAGGCCACAGAAGGUAAAGACUAUAAUGCCUCAGCUUCUACCAUCUCACCACCUUCUUCAUUAGAGGAAGACAAAUUCUGCAAAUCUGCAUUCCAAGAUGCAUAUUGGCAAAAGGGAAGUGAAAUCCAAGGCACUGCCAAAUUAGAAAUUGAAGAACCCUAUCCAGAAGAUGGUGGAGAACGUAGCCCAGUCAAGAGUCCAGCUGAGAGUUUGUCCCCUCCAUCACCCAUUGCCAGAACACCACUGAGUGAACGUAGUGUGAAUUUUUUGCUCACUCCCAAUGAGAUUAAGGUCUCGGCUGAGCCUGUCCCCAUUGCUACAUUGCCUGAUGUACAACAAGAAGUUUCUGAAGAGCACUGUGCAAGCCCUGAAGAUAAAAUGUUAGAAGUAGCAUCUCCCUCUCAGUCUGCUGCUGGUAGUGCUGGCCACACACCUUAUUAUCAGUCUCCCACUGAUGAAAAAUCCAGUCAGCUUCCCUCUGAAACCAGUGAAAAGUCAACAGAAACUCCUUUUAGCUUUGAACUCAGUGAAGUCAAAGAUGAGUCUGCAAAACCCAGAAUAAGCCCUAUGGAUGAGCCUGUGCCAGAUUCAGAAUCUCCUAUUGAAAAGGUUCUCUCACCUCUACGGAGCUCACCACUGAUAGGUCCAGAGACAACUUAUGAUACAUUUUUGAGUGCUGAUAUAAAGUCUCCCACCAAAGAUUAUGGAAGUCCUUCUGGGGGAAAACCUGAAAAAGAAAAAUCACCUGUUCAGAUGAGCCCAGCUUCUGAAGCCAGCUCUGUGGGCCUUUUCCAUGAAAAACAAGAUGAAAAAAACAUGGAGUUUAUGGUAAUUAAGGAAGGCUUCAGCCUAGAAAGGAAAACAGAGGAUAAAGAACCCAGCAGCUCCCAGUCUUCACUGGUCAUGGAUGAGCGAAAAAUAGCAGAACUCUCACCUAAUCAAAUAGAUAUUGGUCUGUUUGGUUCCUUAAAAGACGACACCAAAAUGUCAAUUUCUGAAGGUACUGUUUCUGACAAGUCUGCAACUCCAGUUGAUGAGGUUGUAGCAGAAGACACCUAUUCCCAUAUAGAAGGAGUAGUUUCUGUCUCUACAGCAUCUGUUGCUACUAGUUCAUUUCCAGAACCAACUACUGAUGAUGUUUCUCCUUCUUUGCAUGCUGAGGUUGGAUCUCCCCACUCUACUGAAGUUGAUGAUUCCCUUUCAGUGUCAGUUGUACAAACACCAACAACAUUUCAGGAAACAGACAUGUCUCCAUCUAAGGAAGAGUGCCCAAGGCCUAUGUCAAUUUCUCCACCAGAUUUCUCACCUAAAACCGCAAAAUCAAGAACCCCGGUGCACAAUCACAGAUCUCCUGAGCAGUCAAUUAUGUCGGUAGAAUUUGGUGAGGAGUCCCUCAAGCAGUCUUUAGCAAUGGACUUUAGCAGGCAAUCUCCAGAAUAUCCUACCAUAGGCACUAGUAUGCACCACAUAUCUGUAAAUGGACCAACAGAAGUAGAUUAUAGCCCUUCAGAAAUACAUCAGCCUAUUUUUGCACAGAUUUCCCCUGUGGAACAGUCAUCUUACUCUCAGGAGAAGGAUAUUUCUGAAAUUAUUUCAGUUUCUCAAACCGAAGCUUCAUCCUCAACUUCAUCAGCUCAUACACCUUCCCAGUUAACUUCACCACUGCCAGAAGAAACUUUUUCAGGUGCUGUUCAACCCAGAGAUAUGUCACUACAUUCUUCUUUUACCUCAGAAAAGGUGCAGAGCCUAGGACAAAAGAUGUCACCAAAGUCUGACCUAUCUCCAUUAACUCCAAGGGAAUCUUCUCUGUACUCUCCUAGUUUUCCAGAUUCACCUCCCGGAAUCACAGAAGCACUAUCAGCUAGUCACAAAUCUCUGUUGUCACUGCAAGUGUCCUCUGUCAAAGCAUUUGGUUACCAAGAGCCCCUAACAAAGCACAGUCCAGAACCUUUAAUCAGCCCGGAAAAAGAAUAUUCAGAGAAAAUCAGCAGAUCACCAGAAGAACUUAGUUAUUCUUACAAGGCCACAGGGAAAACUACUAGGUCACCAGAGGUGAUUAGCUACUCCUAUAAGGCAGUUGCAAAAUCUAGAUCACCUGAGGCCACAGAUUAUUCUUAUGAGAUGACCAGGAAAACCAUGAGGUCACCAGGAGUCACAGAUUAUUCCUAUGAGAUAACUGGAAAAACCACCAAAUCACUUGAGGUCACAGAUUAUUCCUAUGAGAGAAUUAGGAAAGCUACCAGAUCACCCAAUGCUAUGGAUCACUCCUAUGAGACAACAGGGAAAGCCACCAGCUCACCUGAAGCCACAGAUUACUCAUUUGAGACAACUGGGAAAACUACCAGGUCAUCUGAAGCUACUAGCUAUCCCUAUGAAGAAAGUGCACAUUUUACUCCAGGAAAAUCAUUAGCAGAAUACUGUCAAGAUGUUGACUUAUGCUUUGUGUCCUCCUGUGAAUAUAAACAUCCUAAAACUGAACUUUCACCCUCAUUUAUCAACCCAAAUCCCCUUGAGUGGUUUGCAAGUGAAGAACAGUUUCAAGAUCAAGAGAAGCCAUUAACUCAAUCCGGAGGAGCCCAGCCACCUUCUGGGGGAAAGCAGCAAGGGCGGCAGUGUGACGAAACCCCUCCCACAUCCAUGAGUGAGUCUGCCCCAUCUCAGACUGAUUCAGAUGUUCCCCCUGAGACUGAGGAAUGCCCUUCCAUCACUGCAGAUGCUAACAUUGACUCAGAAGAUGAGUCAGAAACCAUUCCGACAGACAAGACAAUUGCGUACAAACAAAUUGACCCGCCACCUGUCCCAAUGCAGGAUCACAGCCCUUCCCCUAGGCACCCUGAUGUCUCUAUGGUUGAUCCAGAGACUUUGCCUACCGAUCAGAAUUUGGGUAAAUCUUUGAAGAAGGACCUUAAAGAAAAGACAAAGACAAAAAAACAGGGUAUUAAAACCAAGUCAUCUUCUCCUGUUAAAAGAAGUGAUGGUAAAUCAAAACAAGUGGCUUCACCAAAGCCAGCUGUAAAAGAAUCUUUAGACAAAAUUUCCAAAACAGCUUCUCCAAAAAAGAAGGAGUCUGUGGAGAAGGCAACCAAAAAUAUCUCUUAUCCAGAAGUAAAGUCUCAAGUCGAAGAGAAAGAUAAGGACACCAAGAAUACAGCAAAUACAACGUUCAAGUCAGCAAAGACUGCAACCACAGGACCUGGAAAUAAUAAGUCAGCAAAAUCUAUAGCGGUGCCUCCAGGACCUCCAGUGUAUUUGGAUCUGGUAUACAUUCCCAACCACAGCAAUAGCAAGAAUGUUGAUGUUGAGUUUUUCAAGAGAGUGCGGUCAUCCUACUAUGUGGUGAGCGGGAAUGAUUCUGCAGCCGAGGAGCCAAGCAGGGCUGUUCUGGACUCCCUACUGGAGGGCAAGGCCCAGUGGGAGAGUAACAUGCAGGUGACCUUAAUCCCAACCCAUGACUCAGAAGUGAUGAGGGAAUGGUACCAAGAGACCCAUGAGAAACAGCAGGACCUCAACAUCAUGGUUUUAGCAAGCAGCAGCACUGUUGUUAUGCAAGAUGAAUCUUUUCCCGCAUGCAAGAUUGAACUGUAAGAACAAGACCAUGCACCACAAGAUUUAACCUUUGUUUCCAGAAAUUCUUCAGUUUUAAAACACCUUUUCUAAAAAUUCAACCCAUCUAGUUCAACUGCUGAACUGUAUACCUGCAAAAUGCUAUACUGUAUCAUGGUGAUGCAAGUCUAAUAUUUUUCAGUCUUUUCUGAUUGCUAAAGGAAAUAAGUGUUCCCAUAGUAGGUUUCAAAUUACUGCGAAAAUACAGAUCCAGUUUCAUCUCCGAUGAACGUUUGGAAACCAUGUACUAGCAACCCCAACUGACUUCUGCCAGGUAGAGGCAUUUGCCCUCUAAAGAAACACAGAGAGAGAAAGAGAGAGGGGGAUAGGAGGAGAAAGUAAUAAAUAGUUAGAUCUCCAAUAGUCUCAUGGCAAUAAAUAGCUGUAUUGCUUACUGCAAUUUGUUUAUGCACUCACAUGAAAAGGUUUCUAAAUUUGUAUCAAUCAUCUAAGCUAUCAUAAAGGAGGUCCUUACUUUACAGAAUUAAGUUAGCUAGAAAAUAAGCAGUAGAAUGUGGCUAGGAAGGGAUGUACAACCUAAACACUCAUUAGCAGAUUUCCACUUUCAUUUGAACUCCGCAUACUGACAUACCAUAACAAUUGUAGGCCAAAUAUGCACAUGGUCUGAAACCCAUUCAGAAUUCUAAAACCUUUCUUUCAUCAUGCAGAAUUGUUGGUAUAAGGCAUGCUCCCAGUAAAAAUCCACUCACUCCAGUCAGAACUGACCAGUCCACAUGCUUAAACACCCAUGUCCACUGUCAAUUAAUUGAAGCAAAAUACCAAAGCAGUUGGGAGUACAUACAGUAGACAAUUUGCCUUAGAAAGUGACUUGAAUGUACAAAGAAAAUCGAUGCACUUAUUUUUUAAUGUUGAGACAGAAAAUUUAUAAAACAUCUGUGCAGGACCAUAGUUACACCAGUAAAGAAGUGUGAGUGUGCAUGUGUGGUACUAGAAGCUUAUCUGACUGGUCAAACACCUUGGUGCUAUGAAUUACAUAUCUUAGUUCCGUGAACAAUUCAUUGAUGCACCAGGACAGAUCAACAAGGCAAGAUCAUUUUUUGGAAAGCUUCUUUUGUACUGUGGAAGCAAGAUUGAAGUGGUGUCCAGUAUCAGAGUUACAAAACUUAGUGAAACAUUCAGGAUGAUGAAAAAGGUCUGUACAGUAUUCAACCUUCCUUUGUCUUACCUUAUUUGUUUAAUUUAAGAGUAAAUAUGGGAAAAAAUGUACAGGAACUUUUUAAUUAUUUUAGUGCUGUAUAAACUUUUAAUAGAUUUUUAACAAGUUUUCAUUUACAGGAAAAUGCAAAGAAAGGUGAAGGCAAUAUUUUUAGUAAUUUUGUAAGAUUAAUAAGGUUGUUUAAGGUUCCAGUGAGAAUGGAUAUUGACUUAAGAUUUAUUAAAAAUACUCAACUGCCAAUACCUUUUUGGGGGUGGGGGAGGGCCACCCUGAUGGUAAAAUUAACCUAUUGAUGAUGACAGAAAAUGGGAUUUGAAAUUUUGAUUGCCUAAUAUUUACAAGGGUGUAGCCUACAUUCUCAAUCCUCACAAGAACUUGAAAAAAAAGAUAGAAUAAGCAAUAAGCUAAAAUAAGUUCCUUUCCUUUAUCCUUGCCUUCCUUUCCUUUCCUUUCCUUUCCUUUCCUUUCCUUUCCUUUCCUUUCCUUUCCUUUCCCCCUUCCUUCUCUAGAUUGCUUGCAGCAGAACAGCAUGUAGAACAGUUCCAUUAUUUAAGACAGUUUGGAUUUUUUAGUCUCAGAACUUUUAUCCCAAUAAAAAAAUCUUGUUACAUUAUAGAAGGUUUGCAAAUCUGAAUUUAAAUAAGGUGUAAAGGCCUCCAAAAUGAAGAUAUGUGCUGGUCUGUUUGAUUCACCAUUAUGGCCAGUAUUAGGUUUCACAAUAUAGUGAACUAUGACCUCAUUUUAUUUUCUUUACUUAUAAUUUAUUUCAAUUUUACAUUGUUAGGAUAUUUUUGUGUAAUAGAUAUAUGUUUACACUCCUAAUUUUUAUGGGGGGGGUGGUUAUGCUGCUUUAGGGCCCUUUAAAUGUGGGCUCCUGUGGCCUAUUUAAUGCUGUGAAUUACUGUUUGUCAAUUGUGUGGGGGGGGUAUUUAUUUUUAAUGUCUUCUUUUUUUAGGUAUGUCUAGCAAUGCUGUUUUAUUUAUGUUUAUGCUAUACCUUUUUAAGUCGUUAAGAAUAACUUAGAAUGACUAUGGCAGAAAAGGCAGAUGGAAAUGUAUUGUGAAAACAAGCGUGUUUGCUGGGCUCAUAAUCAUGCACUUAAAAUUGCUUUUGUAAUACAUAAUCUUCAAAGUUAUAGGCAAAAUAUUUUGCAGAACAGUUGUACUAUUUCUACAACUGUCUACUUAUAGGUCAGUCUUCAUACUUUUUGAGUGGGUGGGAACAGAUUUUCUGAUGAUAUCUGAAAUGGUUUGUACCUCUGCUUUGGUAGAAAAUCUAAGUAUGGCAGUGGUCUUGAGACUAAUGUCACUUAUGCCACUUUUGUGAAUCAGGAGCAAUUUCACUACAGUCAGGGAAGUUACAGUCAUUUGGUCCUACUGUAAAUGAGAUCAGAAUUAAACGUUAAAUCUCCCCAAGUAAAUUUGUGACAGCUCAAGUAUUUGUUUUACUUUAAAAAUAAUAAUAAUUAGGCAGUUACAGCCAAUCUUAAAAUGUUCAUUCAUUUUUUGCUGCUACAAGAAUAUUAAAAACCCAGUCUGGCUAUCCUGAGGUAUUGUAAAGCCUGUUCUAUCCAUUCCCUUUUCAAUGGUAAUCAUGCCUGUGUGUAACAAAGCAUGAACUCCUCCAUUAGCUCCUCAUGCCCUUAAUGUCUUUCUUGCCUGUGGAACUAAUCUAACUAUACUAAUCUUAAUACUACACAAUUAGCUUAGUAACAGUCAUCAAAACAUACCGCAUACAUUAACGAUGAGUGCUGUUGAUCAGCAUAGAUUUCUAGGAGCAUGGUUUGUUAUUGAUUAUUUAUAAAGAUUCAACAGGACACUCAAAUGAUGGUAUUACCCAUAACAGCAUCCCCAGUCAUGAUCUUUAUGCUAUUACUAUAUUGCUUCAUAAAAUUCAAUGAAGAAUUAACUUUAGAGAUCACACCCCACUCCUGAACUUGGACAGGGCCUCUCUUGCAUGUCUUUUCAAUGCCCUGUGGUGGGCCUGACUUCAUUGACCUCUACUUUUCACCCCAUCUUUCAUAGAAUCCACUUUUGAUUUUUUUAUUAUCUUACAUAAUGUGGUGAGUGGAGCUAACUGUGUAUAUGAAUGGGUUCAUAUGAAUUUUAUGAGAGUUCUGGUACUCAUUUACUAAGAUUUAAUGAAUUUAUUAAUUGAAUUUUCAAUCCCUCCCACCACAAGCAAGUCAGCUCCAAAGAGCACUUACUGUGCAUUUAGGACAUUUCUGUCAUAUGCUUCUUUUUGUUCAUCUGUUGCAAGAGGUUACUUGCUCAGUAAUGAUGUUUUGAGGGGAAAUAGUAAUUUUGUUGGUCUGGAUUUAUUAGCAAGAGAAAAAGUAUAAUGUUUACACUUGUAAGAAACUGUAAGCUUUCAUCUUUUCACUUAAUUGAACAAAACACUAAAAGCAACUAGGGGUAAGAAUUUCUUAGAAUGCAAUUAUAUUAUUCACUUGGCUUAAAAAUGUUUGCUAUUUAAAAUAAAAAAAGUAUUUGUUGUGACUUUACAAAAAAUCUAAAAAAAAUAAGUAACUAAAUAAAACAAUGCCAUAAAAAUAUUGAAAUAAAAAAAAAAAGAAGCUUCUCUGCACUAGACUAGCUAGGAGCUCCAGAUGGCAGAGCUACCUCUUCAAGACUGGGCUGUGAUCACAACUGUAAAAGAGGAAAUCUGAAAUAUGCUUUCAUGCAUUUGCAUGCAGCCAUCAUCUUCCAAACUAUGGAAAGAAAUAGUCUUGUUGCUGGCUGAGAAGCAUCUCACACACCUCCUCUCUCUUGUUCUGAAUGGUGUUUGUGUCAGUCUGCAGCUGUGUAUGGUAUUAUGUCUUAUAAUCCUGCAUCACUUCUAUCCAGUCAUAUCUAAUAUAGAAAACUAGUUUCCAGUGAAAGUAAUAUGUAGUGCUUUUAUGAUAUUUGUGUGCAAUGUCCCCUCUUCCAUUGAGGAUAUUUGAUGUAAAGGAAACAAACUCAGUUCCACAAUAAAAUACAA